CAGUAGGGUCGAGGAUCCGGACUUUCGCUACGCAGGCAUGGCCCCUUUUGAACCGCCUGGAGCUUAUUCUGAAGAGACGUCUGAUAUCUCCAAGGACCGAGAAGAUCUGAUAAGAGAUCUGCAUCGCUAUUAUCUUUGCAAAGAAGCCUUCCUGGAAGCCUAUACGCAUGAUGAUUUGGAAGUGCGAGUCGGCUUCCAAACCGGAAUUGGUGUCAAGCAUAAAAUGAGCGGGCACGAUACAUGGUACAGCAUGUAUCUUUACUGUCGACGGGAUGUGGAAGACUCUGAUCAGAGCCACAAGGACUGGGCGUGGCGAGUGGUCGUUUCCCAUGCCACAAUUGUGGAUAACCCCAUGACGGUUUACGGGCAGAAGCCAAGAUUUGACUCUAUCGUCGAGUUUCUGGACUGGUACAGUAGCUGGCUGGAACAUUUAGACAUGGGUCAGGUUCGGGAGGAUAUCGCUCUAAAUUGUAGUGAGGAACGGUGAACGGUUCGUUCCUCAGGAGUGGAUGGAUGGACACUGCAUGAGCUUUUGAGACAAAUAUGUCGUAUGAUGACACCAAGCCUUCUUGAUGUUCGCGUCAAGAAGCCGGCUCGAUGAUAGCCUAUGCCCGAUUGCAUAUCAACGGUGGAGAGAGCAGCAGCCAAAUGCCGAAGAUAAACAAUAGAACAGGGAACACGCAGUCCAAAAGCGAAGUAAAAGAAGCGAGAUUUCCUAUCCACGCUUUGGCUAGUUUCGGGAAAUACCUACAACUUCUUUCUAGAUCCAAGCAGAUGAGGGUCUCUGCAUUUUCAUGUA